AAGAAACAAGGCUUUCCAUUGCUUCAACAAUAUAUUCGGCCGAAGUUUGCUCCCCUCCAUGAUCCUAUAACAAAUACAGAAGACACAGAUUUCUUUGUUGCACGUUUCCUUGUCAAAACUAAGACUUUUUUUUUCCUUCUGCUUCUUGUUCUUUUUCCUUUCUCUUCCCUUCUCUUAUUCCUUAUUGGCUUCCAUGUCUUCUCUUUGUUUUAUAGAGAGAUAGAUAAGAUACAGAGCUAAAGCUAAAGAGAGAGAGAGAGAGAGAGGUGUAGAGUUUUGUGUGCUUCUGGGGUCUUAACAGAAACAAAGAACAGAGAUUUUUUUUUUUUCUACAUGUUUUUGGUAUUGCGGUUCUUUCAAUAGAGAAGAAAAGGGUGAUAAGGUAAAAAUAUGUUGCAAAGAGCUGCAAGCAAUGCAUAUUCUUGGUGGUGGGCUAGCCACAUCAGAACAAAGCAGUCAAAAUGGCUGGAACAAAACCUCCAAGAUAUGGAGGAAAAAGUAGCUAGCGUGCUUAAGCUCAUUGAAGAAGAUGGAGACUCCUUUGCCAAGAGAGCAGAAAUGUACUACAAAAAGAGGCCAGAACUGAUACAUUUUGUGGAAGAAUCCUACAGAGCUUACCGUUCCUUAGCUGAACGGUAUGACCAUAUAUCAACAGAGCUGCAAAAUGCAAACAACACAAUUGCUUCUGUUUUUCCAGAGCAAGUCCAGUUUGCGAUGGAUGAUGAAGAGGAAGAUGGCUCACCAAAAUUUCCAAAGAAGUCUUCAGAAAACUCAAAAGCCAAUAUCCCCAAGGUUCCGAAGCUUCCUGUCAAAGAUUUAAAGGGUUUAAUAACAUCAGCCACGAAGAAAAUGCAACCUAAGAAAUCAAAAAAAGCCACUGCCACUGCAGUUCCUAAGUCUGGUUUGACCAAGGCUCAGGGACUAGAGGAGAUUGACAGGCUUCAGAAACGAAUUCUCGCAUUGCAGACGGAAAAGGAGUUUGUUAAGAGCUCUUAUGAGAGUGGGCUGGCAAAGUACUGGGAAAUAGAGAAUGAGAUAAAAGAAAUGCAAGAGAGAGUUUGCAGUUUGGGAGAUGAAUUUGGUGAAGGUAGGGUCAUUGAAGAUGAUGAGGCUCGAAAUCUGAUGACGGCAACGGCUUUGAAAUCAUGCAAAGAGACCUUGGAUCAGCUGCAGGAGAAACAGGAGAGAUCAGUCAUAGAAGUAGAAGUGGAGCAGAAAAGGAUCAAAGAUGCCAGGGAUAAGUUGGACUCUCUCAAGAACGCAUUUCUCUUAAACGAAGUCAGUGAGGAAAAGCCAUCUGGUGCAGAUAAAUCAGAAAUAGCAGUACAAAAGUCUAAAAGAUUGGAACAGGAAGUGAGUGACACUACCCAAAAGAAAAAAGGUUUGGAGUCUUUAAGGGAGAAGAUUAAGGAGCACUUUGAAGUUGGCCUUGGUGAAUCUUUGACUGUGACAGAAAUGGCGGAGAAGAUUGAUGAACUUGUGAACAAGGUGAUCAACUUAGAAACUGCAGUCUCUUCUCAGACAGCUCUUAUCCAAAGACUAAGAACAGAGACUGAUGAGCUCCAAGCCCAGAUUCGGACCUUGGAAGAUGAUAAGGCCACGCUGAUUGAUGGAAAAAAAGAUUUGAGGAACAAGCUAAGGGAGAUGGAGGAGAAGUUGCAUGGGAUUCAGGGUUUGAACCAGAGCAUUGAAGACCAAAACAACAACCUCCAAACACAUUUUACUGAAGCUCAUUGUAAUCUUAAUCACCUUUCUGAGAAAAUGCAUAGUGUGCAGCCAGAUGGGGAGCUUGAAAGAGAGAAGAGCUCUUCCGUGGAAGUGAUAUUGUCAAAGGAGAAGAUCAAAGAUAGUGACAAGAAGCCAGAGAAGGUGAAAGCAGGCAAGGAGUUUGAGGUCGCUGAUGCAUCCGGAAGAGAGAACUCUCCAGCUGAAGUCAAAUCCCAAAAAGAGUCUGAAGAACAAGAGAGCAAAAAUCGGAAUCUAAGUGAUGGCUGCAAAAUGCUGCAGAGUGCAAAACCAGAGGAGAUGGUCACAGUCUCAAGUUCUUUACGAAAGGAAGAGGACUCCCUGGUUAAAGUUGAAUCAUCCAAAGGGCCAGAACAAAAAGGAGAAAACGUUGAUCAUGAUGAUGGCUUUACAAUGGGUGGGAAUGCAAAAUUAGAAGGGAAGGAGGAGGUGAAAGUAAAAGAGAGGGAGGAUGCAAAAGAACAUGAUUUGAUUACAAGUUCUGUAGAUGGAGGUGUUAGCCACGAAGAUUCUAAGCCUUCAGAGAAAUGUGAAGACCUGAUGGACAAAGUUGAUGAGCAAGCUUCUUCACAGACAGUGGACACUCUUGCCAAAGUUGAACCAAACGAACAGGAGAGAGGUCAAGAGGAUGAGCCAGACUGGAAGAAGUUGUUCUUGAAAGGUAUGGAAGACAGAGAGAAGAAUCUAUUGACGGAGUAUACCACAAUGCUUCGAAACUACAAGGACACCAAGAAGAAGCUCACGGAAGUGGAGACAAAGAACCAGAAUGGCCUGUUUGAGAUAACAUUGCAGCUAAGGGAACUGAAGAGCACUAACGCCAUGAAAGAUGAAGAGAUUCGGUCCUUACGUCAGAAACUAAGCCUUUACCAAACAGGUCUUGGUGAAAGCAAUACUGAUCAAUAUGUUGAAACUCGAGUAAGUUCUGAGAAAUCAAUAUUGACUGAAACCUCCACAACACCAGAGAAAGAAUUACAAGAAGACCUUGGGGUAAUGCUAAUUAACCAGUCUCAAACUACUUCAGCAAUUGAAGAAAAGUUCCGGAUGAACAUUGAUGAACUGCUAGAGGAGAACUUGGAUUUCUGGUUACGAUUCAGCACAGCAUUCCAUGAGGUACAGAAAUUUGAAACUGCGGUGAAAGACUUAGCUGCUGAGGCAUCAAAACUCGAGGAAAGACAAAAGCAAGAUGGAAGUAGCACUGCAAAAUACUCUCUAAAAUCCGAUGUGCGACCAUUAUACAAACACCUCAGAGAAAUACAGACUGAAUUGACUGUCUGGGUGGAAAAAAGUGUAUUACUAAAAGAAGAACUGAAGAACCGAUUCUCAUCUUUGUGUGACAUUCAGGAAGAAAUAACAAAGGCUUUGAAAGCAAGUGCUGAAGAUGACGACUUCAAGUUCACAAGUUACCAAGCAGCGAAAUUCCAAGGUGAGAUUUUGAACAUGAAACAAGAGAAUAACAAAGUUGCAGAUGAAUUGCAAGCAGGUUUAGAUCAUGUAACAACACUACAGCUUGAAGUUGAUAGAACUCUGGCAAAGUUGACAGAAGAUUGGGGGCUUUCUGGAUCUAGGAGCCGUCAAAGUGGUCAACUGCAACACUCAGAUAGUCGUUCUCGAGUUCCUUUGAGGUCAUUUAUCUUUGGUGUCAAACCAAAGAAGCAAAGGACAUCCAUCUUUUCCUGCGUACACCCCGCACUGAAUCGGAAGUACAAUGGUUUAAGACAAGGACUUGGUAGCACUAGGUAAACUGUUUGGCUGUGCGUGUUAGCUUAUAUUAUAAUGUUUUCUUCCCUCUUCUCAAAGUUGCUUACUUUCCUUUUAGUGAUACUUUCACAGAAGGCAACACUUUUCCUAUUCUCAUUUUGUUUAUGAACUGGAAAAGCAUGUUUUCUGUUGGCAGUAGAUGUUUUAUAGUCUGUAAUUAUCAACGUGAAGGGAAUAUUUUGUUUA